AAAUAGUCAGUUGACUUUUGCAGCUCCAAAAAGUUAGUUCGUUUACAAUUUAAUAAUAUUUAAAUUGUGAACAUAAAAAAUAGUAAAUAUUGUCCCUGGAUUUUGCAUAAACAGUAACGAGUUCGCAGUAUUGAUCAAAACGUUAUGAAGGACUUUGCCGAAUUGCAGACAAUGUUCAAAAGUGCCGUUCCAAAUAGCGAAUCGAUGAUGGAAACCGGAAGUGGCGAUGAGAAUCCAACAUUGGAGCGCAAAGACGCAUCUGAAGCUGAUGUUGCUGUUGCUGCAACCGAUGUGGCUGCUGCAACCGAUGCGGUCGCUGACAAGGUAGAGCGUGAGGAACGUGAUGUGGCAAUUUGUACCCAAGAACUUGGUGGCCCCGAACCUGAACAGUGCAGCAAUCUGUUGCAGGAUGAUGACGGCGCUGUGCUGCCCGAGGUGCUAGUCAAGCAUCCGUUGCAAUAUGUGUGGACACUGUGGUAUUUGGAGAACGAUCGCACCAAGACGUGGGAGGAUAUGCAAAACGAAAUCACUAGCUUUGAUACUGUCGAGGACUUUUGGAACCUCUACAAUCACAUCAAGCCGCCGUCGGAGAUCAAGAUGGGCAGCGAUUAUUCGCUGUUCAAGAAGGGCAUACGCCCCAUGUGGGAGGAUGCUGCCAAUCAUAAUGGCGGUCGUUGGGUGAUUGGACUUAAUAAGAUAUUGAAGGAUGAUUUGGACAAAUUGUGGAUGGAUGUGUUGCUUUGCCUGAUCGGCGAAGUGUUUGAUCGCUAUGAUGAGAUCUGCGGCGCUGUUGUCAACAUUCGUGGCAAGAGCAACAAAAUCUCGAUCUGGACUGCCAAUGGCGAUAACAAGGAGGCAGUCCUUGAGAUUGGGCACAAGCUGCGCGAUGCUCUGCGUCUGGGACCGCAGAAUUUGUUGCAAUAUCAACUGCACAAGGAUGCCAUGACCAAGCAGGGAUCCAAUGUCAAGACAACUUUCACCUUGUAAACUCACAAAAUUAUGCAAAAGUUAUGCACACACACAUUGUUCACAGUUUCGCAGUUUUAGAGUAGCUUCGUUAGUUUUAAUCGUGUUAAUAUCGUGCUGAGACAUCAAACACAACAAACAUCAUAAAACAUCACACGUCAAACAUCGACCGGACGCUAAGUAGUAGUAUAGACACACAACAUAUGGAUACACACACAUGCAUACAUACAUAUUUGUUUAUGUAUAUGUUUAUGAAAAUUAAUAAAGUUUAAUCGAUUCACGCUGUGAAUCUAGAAUAUGAAGUGGCAAA